AUCGGCUCUAGUGGCGUGCGCCUGAUGGAUGGAAAUUACACACAUCUUGAACAAGUUGAGCUCGACAACGCCGUUUUCCAUGGUGUCGAGGCCGGGCUAAUCAUCACGUCGGCACAUGAAGCUGACGUGGCGGUUUAGACGGCCAUCGUGCAUCCCGGAGAUGUGGUUGUGUAUGAUCCAUCGGUGCAUUCAAGCAUACAUAAGAGAAUCAAACAAAGUCUUGCAAUGCAGCGCAUCGAGUUUGCACACAGCGUUGUGAACGACUUCCGCGGCACAUUGCUGAAGAGCCUGAACACACAACCGCUGGUCAAGCAGGGAAAACGCACGGUGCUUGUGGCGCUGGAGUCCAUCUACAGCAUGAAUUGCGACGUGUGUCCAUUGCUGGAAUUGGUUGGUACCAGAGGCUACCACGGAGAUAUUUCACGAUCAGGGGAAUAUUCGUUUCGUUGUUGAUGAGGCGCGCAGCAUUGGAGUGAUUGAGCCUUUAGGAGCAGGUUUGGUUUGCCAUCUCGGCCUGGGGAAGGAGAUUGCGGUUAUGGUUCACUCGUUUGGAAAGGCGAUCGGAGCAUCUGGAGAUGCGUACAGAAUCGUGUAUCAGAAUCCCUGCGGAGCAGUCAGAUUUACAGUGUCUGGUAUUGUAGCGAUAACUCUGGGCAAUGGAAAUCUUGCAGACUACCAUUGUGAAUUUUGCACAAUCUGUCAUUUUUGCUACAUCGCCAUCGUUCACAUUUGUUGCGGCUAUCAAAUCCGGAUACACGUUGCUCGCAGCUGGCCAAACGGUAGAAUUAUGAUUGACCUAAUCCUCAAUCUCUACAUUAUUAAAACA